AUGAAGAAGAGUAAGAAACGAGAGAACUUGCUUUCUCCAUCUUCUUCAUGGCGGGAAAACCAUAAUCCUCCUCGGAGGAGUCCAAACUCCUCCGCCGUAUCCUCCGGCUGCAUUCCCGGAUUCUUCAACCUCUUCCUCUCCACCUUCAACUUCUCCUCCAACCGCCGCAAAUCCAUCACUUGGGGAUCUAAGAAGCAAGAACAGAGAACCGUCGUCUACGCUUCUCCUCCGAAAGAUUCAUCAAAUGGAGUCUGCGGCGGUGGAACUGUGGCGCCACCGCUUCCACGCAACGAAGGAGAGGGAGAUGCGGCGAGGGUGAGUCUAGUCGGAGCGCUAGAGAAAUGCGAUCGGGACUUAGAGGAGCUACGGAGAACCAUCGACGUCAUUAAAACUAGUUACCUUCUUCACAAGAAACUUGAGGAUUCUCAGGCGACAGCGCGUGACAAUCUCAAAUUUCCCGGCACCGUGACAGGAGAUGUCGUCGUGGGGGCGCAAACGCAGAAGAACACGAAGACGACAAUACACGAAACAGAAACAGACACGAUGUUGUCGAUGAUGAACCAACAAGAUCAGUACUACAAAGACAACAAAACGUACAAAGUCAACAACAUUAAUCUAAUCACAAGACCCGAUCAUUACGCCAUGCACGACGUCAUUUCCAAGAGAACAACGUCAACGACGACGACAGAGACACGUGCCACGCUGCCCAUGCGGAGAGUAAGGCGGAGCUUAAGCUUGAUGGAGAGCGUGAACCAGGUUUGCGAUGACGUGGCAUCUGGUCAACGAAGAGAGGUCGCUAAGAUCGGUUUGGCACUUCAUGAUCACAUCUGUCGUGACCUGAUCGCAGAGACCGUGCGCGAGUUUGCAUUCUCCGGCUACGACUACGACGACGACGACGAGUCUUCCAAAUUAUCGGCGGCAGAUUCUAAAGUUUGUUACGGCGGAAGAAGUGGAGGCCGACAUAUCCGACGUGGCAGCACCAACUCACUCCCGCUCGACGUGUGUCGCAGAAGAUUAGUGUUUUGA